CGCGGUGUGCCGGUAAGGAAGGCAUCGCAGUCAGAGCAGCAGCUGAAGCGGCAGACAAAGACACGGAGCUCAGCGCGAUCCUGCAGCAUCCACGCCCACCCACACACACUCACACAGCAGCAUUACAAGCUCACUGUACCACUGACCCAUAAUUCCUCAGUACAAGACCUUCACCACCACUAUGGAUGCCCCCUCUGAACAUGUUGCCAUGGAGCUGGACUUCGGCCAUUUUGAUGAACGGGACAAGACGUCUCGUACCCCACGAGGUGGACGUGCCAAUGGUCUCCCCAGUCCCACCCACAGCGCUCACUGCAGUUUUUACCGUACACGCACCCUCCAGGCACUGACCAGCGAGAAAAAGGCUAAGAAGGUCCGAUUUUACCGCAAUGGUGACCGCUACUUCAAGGGCAUUGUGUAUGCAGUGGCCAGUGACCGUUUCCGCACAUUUGAUGCUCUACUGGCUGACUUAACCCGCUCUCUGUCUGAUCAUAUCAAUCUGCCACAAGGGGUCAGAUACAUUUUUACCAUCGAUGGAACAAGGAAGAUUAGCACAAUGGAUGAGCUAGAGGAAGGUGAGAGCUAUGUUUGUGCAUCUGAGAACUACUACAAGAAAGUAGACUACACUAAAAAUGUAAACCCCAACUGGUCAGUGAAUGUGAAAGCUUCAGCCAGCCAGAAGAACAUGCUAGCUAACCGCACAGCUAGCGAGCCGAGGGAGAACAAGGAGUUUGUGCGACCGGAGUUGGUGACUGUGAUGAGGAGCGGAGUGAAGCCACGGAAGGCUGUUCGUGUACUGCUCAAUAAGAAGACAGCACACUCUUUUGAGCAGGUGCUCACCGACAUCACAGAGGCCAUUAAACUCGAAAGCGGAGCAGUGAAAAGGAUCUAUACACUGGAUGGCAAACAGGUGACCUGCUUGCAAGAUUUUUUUGGUGAUGAUGAUGUUUUCAUUGCCUGUGGACCAGAAAAAUUUCGCUAUGCACAGGAUGACUUCUCCCUGGAUGAAAACGAGUGUCGCGUUAUGAAGGCCCCCAAAGGACAGAGGGGCUCUACUAAGAGUCCCGGUCCCGUUCGACGCUGCAAGUCACCGGCUGAUUCCACUAAUGGAACAGGCUCCAGUAGUCAGCUCUCUACUCCCAUCUCUAAGCAAUCUCCCAUCUCGACCCCAACUAGCCCUGGCAACACUCGCAAACAGAAGGAUUUAUACUUGCCUUUGUCUCUGGAAGAUGAUGAUUCACAGGGGGAGUCCAUGUAGACUCUCCGUUUCCUGUAUGUCAGUCAACAUGCCAGUCACAAAGGUAUAUCUGGUGCUAUCUGUCUUGAAAACAUCAAAAUCACCACCCUAGUGACCAGGGUGAAUGCACGCAUCACCUUUGCUGCCCCUUGGCCAUAAGGCUUUAGACCUCGAGGCUUUGCAGCGAUGGUCAGUGCACUAUUUGCUGCUUGAGAAUUUGUCACAUUCAUUUUCAGUGUUUUGAUAAUAGAUUUUUAGUGACUGAUGAAAAGUAGUAUAUGCAGGGCAUAUAUUGCAGUUUGUAUUGUAACAACAAACUCCUAAAUUUGUACACAUAGUCUGCUGUUGAAAUUCAUUUUAUAUGUAUGAAAAAUUUGAGCAUACAGCAGGUCGGUUUAGCUGUUUAAACAUUCAACCUUAAUUUUUUUAGACCAAUAAUUUAGACUUUUUCAUAUUGCCUUUUUUAAAAGCUUGGUCUUAUGAAUUCCAAGCAGCAAAUAGUAAUUUUUACAAUGGUGUGAUUGUCUGACUUGUACAAAAACAAAAAAGAACAAAAAAAAAAGCCAACGUUAACAAUUUUCACCAUUAACAAUUUUUAUUAUUCUCUUUUUGUAACCCUCUCUCUUUCACUUGCUCUCUCUGUGCAAUGGUUUAGUGUGUUUUAAAGCCAUUAAGGUUGAAAUAGAACCCACAGAAAUAUUCAUAUCGUCAUAUCACUGUAAAUAAUGUGUACAGCCUACUCUACUCCAUUAACACCAUUAAAACGUAAACAUAAUCUUAAAUGCUCAUAGCUCUGAAGGUAAUCAUUGCAAAUUGAGAGGAGGGGCCAAAAGCCAUUUAAUAAGGUCCUUUUACUUUGAAAAUAAAUAAAAAUUAGGUAAUUAGGUAAGCCAGUUCUCACUAUUAAAGCUUUAAUUCACCCCCCAAAAAAUGCCUGUGUUUUACUCACCUUUGAAGUAUAUGUGAAAUAUAUGUGACUUUCUUCUUUCAGAAAAAUCCAGUCUGAGUUAUAUUUGUAUGAUAAAUAUUAAUAUUUUAAACAUAAUACACAUUUUUGUCUUACUUCAGCAGCAACACAGGUAUACAUAAAAACUUCUUGUAGCUUCAUAAAGUGAAGUUUAAACAAUUGAUGUUACAUGGACUAUUUUAAUGAUGUCCUUACUAAAUUUGGGUGUGGCCUAAUAUGUGGUAAUUGCAUUGCUGUCUAUGGAGGGUCAGAAAGCUCUCUGAUUUGAUGAAAAAUAAAAUUAUUUUCUGUUGUGAAGAUGAGGUGCAUAAAGGUGAGUAAAAGGUGCAACAACAUGAGAAAAAAAUAUUUUGGGGUGAACUAACCUUUUAAUAGUUAGUUAAUAGCAAGAAUUGGACCUUAAAAUAACGUGACCACAAGCAUAUACAUUUUUUUUAAGUUGUUUUUUUAUGUAAAAAAAUACCUUUAGUUAAUAACAGCAGAUUUAUUGUCUGCUAUUUUUUGAAGUGAUUUAAGGAAAUAGAAAAAUGGAAACCAGUAUGACUUUGUUUCUAAAAUAGCAAAUAUAAUAAAAGGUUGUCCAUUUAAUACAUGCUUCUUCUGAAGACAUAUCAUUGACCAGGAUUUACCAAAAUUUCUUAUUUACUAAAAGCCUUUCUCUGUGGUACAGCUUUUUUAAUGGCAUCAAAAAAGAGGUUGCCAGGUUUUAUUCAAUUGGCUGUCAAUUGGUGUUAUAACCAAUUGUGACAUCAAAUAAGCAGGGAAGGGACUGGUUUAUUUUUAUUUUAUUUUCAAACAAAGCUAUUACAAGUCAUAUGAUCCACAUUUAUGGUGCUGAUUUGAAGCUCCAAUGUUUUUUAACAAAAGAGUAGCAUGAACAUUCUUCUAAUUUGUCCAAGAUAAGGGAAAAAAGGAUGAAUUUGAAAACACCUUGUAAGGUAGAGUGUCAUUUUUUCAGAAAGCCAAAGUUAUGUUGAAAAGAGGGAAGCUGAAAACUAAUAUCUUCACUCCCCAUUGGUUAUGUACUUACUGAACUUUCUCAUUCAUUGCUUUCAUUUAAAGAUAAACAGAAUAUCACACCUGAACAUUUACAUAUUUAAAAAAAUGACUAUAUAUGAUAAAAGUACUCAAUGGAUAUCAAAAUUCAUAAUUUCUCAAUUACAUUACAGUGAUCUCUGCAAGUAUUGUGAUAUCUGUUGAUCAUCUCUUUGACAGACCUAGCACAAUGAAACUACACACACACAAUUUCCAUUCUCUUAAUUUCCACUGAAUAUUCAUAUUCAUAUUCUAUAUUUUUCACCUUCCAUGGUGCCUUUUUAAAACCAUCCUUUGUGAAAAAAAAAUCAAAACAACUGAAGAAAAAAAAUCUAAAAGAAAACUAAAACACGCUCAUCUGUCACUUGUUUACUGUACCUUUUUGCAUUGUUUGAUAUAAAGUGGGGCUCAAACAUUAACUAUAACUACAAACUCUGUAACCUGUUACUGUAGUAGUUUAUCAGGGUAAUUACUUAGACAUGGUGCAGAUGCUUUAUUUUCUCCUGUAGUGCUGUAAACACAGUUGUUUGUGUACUGAUAUUUUUGAGCUUGGGGACAUAAAAAAAAAAUCUGACUUCCUCUGACUAUCAUGUACUUCCUGCUGUAUCAUCGUAACUUGUUUUGGUGAUGUCAUUCUGUGUAUUAAACUUCUCUUUACUAUUAAAA